AUGUCGACGCUGGCCAUGUAUUAUCAGCAGCUGGUGGAUCUGCCGGCGGCACAAAGCGCCUGCGCGCUUAUCGGGAUACCAAAGCUGGCCCCGUACUGGCCUGCGCUCAUCGGACUGUCAGUGCUGUUCCAGCUUUUGCGGCUUUCAUCCAACGCGCUCUCAUCGCUGGUCUUUGGGACAAAGUUUGACUCGCUGAGUGCCCGGCAAAAAUACGACUGGGGUCACGCCAUCCUUGUUGUCGUGCUUGCCAUUCCAAUCUUCUUCAAGGAGGAGCUCAUCGAGGACACCAUCUACGGCUUUAACGAGUACGCUGGCUGGGUCUACACGAUCAUUUGCGGGUACUUCCUGUGGGACAUUUGCAUUUCGAUCAGCGACAUUAAGAAGCAGGGUUUGGGCUUUGUUGUCCACGCACUUGCCUCCUUUGGCGUCUAUAUCUUUUCGUUUAGACCUUCGCUGCAGUACUACGGCGCCUCGUUUAUUAUGUUCGAGGCCAGCACAAUUUUCCUCAACAUGAACUGGUGGAUGGACAAGCUUGGUUUGACUGGCAGCCGCAUACAGAUGUACAAUGCAAUUACCCUGCUGUUCCUAUACUUUGUCGUGCGCAUUUUGUUUGGCACGUACAUGUCAUACCACAUGUUUGAGGAUCUGAAGGCUAAGGGCACGCAAACGCCCAUUGCCCUGUACUACUUCUACCGUAUUGCCAAUGGCUCGAUCCUUGCUCUUAGUUACUACUGGUUUUAUCUUUUGAUUGCCGCUGCCAAAAAGCGCUUCCCUAGCAAAAAUUCUACCAAGAAGACCGAGUGA